UGAGAUUUGCACGGGAACUGAAUGCCGCUGCUAUUACUGCUGCUGGCAAACAGGCGGCAGAAUUCCAGUAUGAUCCUCAAAUACCAGCAACAGGCAAGAAAAUGGAGGAGAGAUACAAACACCCUGCGUGAUAUUUUACGGUGAUAACUGAGCUGCGUUACACUUAAAGGCGUCACCAUGCCGUCACUCCCCAAUACCUCUACAACAGGCAAACCUUACCUCGUCUGUUUUGCCAGCCUCCUUCUAAUCCUCCUCUUUCUCAGCUCCUCCGGCGUUCACGGGGCUUCUCUCAGAGACCACAGACUGCGAGGAAGUGAAUCAGACCCCCAGAGAGGAAAUGUCCACCAGGCUCCCAAUGCUGACAUGCUCAAAGCCUUAGAGUACAUCGAGAACCUCCGUCAGAGAACUGGCACAAACUCCCAGCAGCAUUCCCCUCUCACUGCAGGGCACGAUGCCAGCCACAUGGAUGACGCUGAGAAGCUUCGUGCCAUGCUGAGACUGGCUUCUAACCCUACGCAAAGCAAAAAUGAGGAUGAGGAAGAGGAGGAGGAGGAGGAGGAAGGAAGGGAGGAUAAGAGUGAAGAGCUGCUCCAGGCUGUGCUCAGCACCCUCCAACAGACAGAAAAGGCCUCCAAGCAAGCUUUGCUUCGUCCCUCCUCCCUGGGCGGAGGCGAAGGAGCAGCCAUGAAGGACAGCAUGUACCCCAGGGUGCAGCAGAAGCAACAUGGCAUCAUGCCUCACAAGAAGCUACCAUUAAUGUUUGAGGAUGAGGAAGAAGGUGAAGGAGACGAGGAUGAGGAUGAGGAUGAGGAUGAGGAGGGGCCAGAUCUGGAGCACGAGAGCCCCUUCAAGCGCACCAAUGAGAACGUGGAGGAGAAGUACACGCCUCAGAACCUGGCCACGCUGCAGUCUGUAUUUGAUGAACUGGACAAGCUAACUAAUGUGAAGUCCGUGCACAAACGGCAAGAUGAAGAGGAUGCCAUGGAAGAGGAGGAGGAGGAAGACGGUGAUGAUAUGUUUAAUGUGAGGAAUGUGGCGUACGAUGAUGUGGAUGGGGAUCUAGCAGACUGGGGUCCACUACAAGAACAGGAGGAAGACGAGGAGGAGGAGAGGGACAACAAACACGAGUUUGAUCGAGGCCUUGAUUAUGUCGACGAUGAGGACGAAGAAACUGAUGACGACGGCGAAGAGGAAGAUGAUGAAAGCUAUCCAGUCAAGAGGUCAAAGGAUCCAGAUGAUGUGACCAACCUGGUGGACUAUUACCUUCUCAAAGUGCUGGAGAAAACAGAAGAGGAAGAGCAGAAACGAGCAAUAGAGGAAGAGGAGAAACAGAGGGCUGAGAGGAGAGUGGCUCAAAUGCAGUACAGAGAUAACAUAGACCCACAAGCCAUCUACCAGCUCAUUCAAAUCUCCCAGAAAUACCAGAUUCCACCUGAAGACCUGAUGGACAUGCUCAAGUCUGGAGAAACAACAAAUCAAGACAAGUCACGAAAGAGCAACGAAUUAGCAAGAGCACAAAACAAGCUCUCUCAGAUAUCCUCAAAGAAGACACACAAGAGUACUGAAGCUAAAUUCUACAACAGACGCCUUCCUGAUAGACAAAAGACCCCGGAAGACCUGCGGACAGAGGAAAUCCUCAACAUCCUGGGGUUAGGGGGCACAGAGAACAAAGAUCAAGCUCCUGUCAGGAAGCAGAAGCAGUACAAAAGCUCACUGUCACGACUUCACAGUCUGCCUGCGGGGCUUUUGGGGGAAUCCGCUCCCACGCAACGGCGCCUUCCCAGCAAAUUAAAGGACGACUAUGAUGACACCGUGGACGAGGAUGAACUGGCAGCGUAUCUAGCAGCUCAGAUGCUGGCACAGUAUCCCAACCCGGCAUACAGGAACAACAAAGCGAGCCAAAAGAGAGAUGAAGUGGGACACAGCAUGACGGGGUCUUUUGAGCAGGCAAUACAGAAUUAUUUUGAUCAAAUGGACUCAGAUAAAAGCAUGGAUGAAAAGAGACAGUCUGAGCACGAUGAAAAGGGCGGUAAUACACAAAUGCAAGGCUUUGAUAAUGAGGCAGUGAUGAAAUUGCUGAGCUAUCUGAACCCAGAAACUGAAGAAAGUGAUACCGAUGCCAAAACUGCCCCAGGAAUAUAAAUAAGGCUGUAGAUACAUAUACAUAUAUAUAUAUUGUUUCGGUGGAGGGAGAGGGUCAAAAUAAAGUAUUUUGAAAGAUAAAACAUGCAGUCAGCUGUAGUUAUUGUGUAGGUUUACAAAUGUUCUUAUUUAUUAGCAGAAAUGUGAGUGUUCAGACAUUCAUUUGAGUUUCAACAACACUUACAACCAGUACAUGUGACUCACCAGCCUUACAUUUCAACGCACACAACCAAAUCAGUGUUGGAUCCCUUAGAUUUGUGUUUUUUGGUAAUUAUUUCUUAAAUGUGGUCAUAUGUGACAUACUUGAGGUUAAUAAAGCAUUGACUUUAUUUUUC